AUGCCCCACAAGCACAAGCGCAAGGCCGGCGAUGCGCCAGACUUCGACCUCCCACCCACAUCUCGUGCCGCUCCCCUCCCCGUCGGCAAAGGCAAGACUGCCCAUGUGAACGCAAAGUCCAAAAAGCCAAAGGUAGCUCACGUCGAGGGUUACGGCCAAGAUGACACGCCAAAGGCCUUCCAGCGGCUCAUGGCCUUUUCGCAAGGCGGCCCCAACAAGAAGCGCUCCGCUCUGGACGACGGAGUCGUCCUCUCCAAGAAGCAGAAGGCUGCCGCAAAACGCGCAGCCCAGCAGCCCGCGGCCGGACGCUCAGACGAUGAGUCCAAGCCCACCAUGACAAAGGCGAACGCUACCGCCGAAGCGAAACACAUCCCCAAGAUCCAGCCUGGCGAGUCCAUGGCCGAAUACAGCUUGCGCGUGGAUGCCGCUCUGCCGCUGACCGGCAUAUCCAAGUCUGGCAAGAAGAUCGCUGGCGCACCAGACCACCGUAUAACGAAACACGAAAAGCGGCUUAAGAAGCUGCAAGCCGGUUGGCGCGAAGAAGAAGCCCGCAUCCGCGACAAGGAAGCAGAAGAGGAGGAGCUGGCCGAGGAAGAGCGCGACGAACAGGCUCUGAUCUGGGAAGACAAGACCGACGACAUGGCGCCUGCUCUGAGGGCAAACGGCAAGAAGAGCAAGCCAUUGAAACGAAAGAAGGUCGUCGGUGAGGUCGACAAUCACAGCGAGGAUGAGUGGGAGGCAUUGGAGAAGAAACGUGAACAACGCAAAGGUCUGCACGAUGUGGUGCACGCGCCGCCCACCUUCUCCAAAGUACCCAGAGAGAUCUUCAAGGUAAAGAACGGAGCCAAGGUCAUCGUAAACAACAUCCCGAGCGCCGUCGGUAGUCUGAGAAAGAGGGAGGAACUGGGCGAAGAACGAAAGACCAUCAUCGAUACCUACCGUGAGCUGAUGGCUGCGAAGAAAGACGAGGGCCAUGCAAAGGCAAAGGCGUAG